AUGGCCGCUGAUGUGACCUACCAGGUACCGGGUACGCUGUACCGGCCCCCCAGGUCGGGCUCUUCAAACGUGGCGAAUACGAACGCUUCAAGCUCUCAAUCGCCAUCCUCGCCAAUCUACCUACGAGAGAGCAUAGACGUGGAUCUUGGGACACACACGUUAUGCCGCCCGGAAUCCAUCUCAUCCCCCGAAACCUGUUUCUCGGAUGAUCAUCAGCAAGCCAGCCCGCCCAAAUUAUUACCUCCACAAAUCGAAGAGGCACGUAUCUCGCCCUCAUCAGUGGACUUCGGUCAUUAUCUGCAUUACGACAUGCAACUCGAGAUUGGCGAAUUAUCAAAUUCGGGCGACCUCUUCAUCCAGGACAUGAUGCCAGAAUUGAACGAGCAGCCGGAGCGAGUAGCUAUGCCCGAGUCUAUAAAUCAACCAGUCCCUCUGAGUCCUAAGACGCUGAACAUUCAGUCCUCAAGUGCUUCGCAUGGCGAUGGCAAUCAACAAGAGUUCGCGGGUGAUGAGGGCGGACGUAAUCUGGACGUGGCUUUCGUACGGCUUUUCCAGUCUUCUGGCCGUUCUUCGCCGGUAGGUUGUCUGGCCCUCGACAAGUCUUUGGAGUUUGCCAGCAGUUUGCCCCGUGUUGGUGAACGGGACCUUCGAGAAUAUUGGUUAUCAUAUUCCACCACCUUUCACAAGAUAAUGCCGGUGAUUCACAUGGGUAGCUUGGAAUUCGAUCCUUCUCCUUCUUUACUGCUCUCGACGAUCGCUGCGAUAGGAGCAGAUUCCCUGACCGGUGAUGGGCCGCAAGGAUACGCUUCAGCCACUUAUGAGAAGCUCUUCAGCUUUCUUGCCGCACCAACGGAUUGUUCCCGAGCCGAAUGCCCAAAAUGCUUAUUGCUAUUGGCCGCAAAAUGUCUUCUCUGCUACCGGAUUCUAGAUCAUCGGAAUCUCCUCUUUUUCAAUGCAGCCUUGGAACUCAUAAGUCACCUGACGGUGGAAGCGGCGAGGUUGGGGCUAUUUGCUGUUCGAGAUAUAGAUCUCAUGCCUCAAGAGGAGUUCUCUCCAAGAGAGGAUACGCCAAUUCCGCGUUCCUCGGACGCGAACAUCCGAAACACAACAGAGCUCAUCACCACAGCAGUAUCACAAGACGAGAUACCCAAAUGGAGGAAGUGGGUAAGCAACGAGCAGCAGAAGCGGCUCGGAUGGGCAGUCUUUGCAGCCGACCACCUGUCUUCACUGCUUACGAACCGUCCCUCACAAAUCCCCGAAACGGACCUGAAAAUCUCAAGUCCCUGCAUCGACGCCUUUUGGGACGCCCGGAAUGCCAAAGAAUGGCGUUCCCUUUUCCCCUGGACGCCUGCGCCACCUACCCCGCUGCCCUUCGCGGGAAUCGUCCGCAACAUCAUCCUGGGAGAGUUUCCCCUGAAAAAGCUGUCGGACUUCAACUUGGAUCUGUGCAUUUUUGCCUUUGAGAUGGCGGUUCUGGGACUCGGUGGAUCCCACAUCAUGGGCAUGCACGAGCUCCAACUGAAGUCUCUCCCGGUAAGAACGAAGUUGCUGCAAGUGCUGGCACUGUUGAAAAGCAAAAGGACAAUAGUGAUGCGAGGCUAUGACCGGCUGUGA